AUGCCUCGAUGGGUGCUCUUUCGCAUCCAGGAUUUGUACGCACUCCACACUCCACCGUUAACCAAGCCCCCUAACCAUUGCGCCUUCCGUCUUCUUCCCGAUAUGGACCCAAGACGACUCUCUGCAGUUGUUACUGGUGCUGCGCAGGGUAUUGGACGGACGAUUGCGGUCAAACUCGCAAAGGAUGGACUCAUUCUGGCGAUAAACGACGUCGCGUCAAAGGCGGAUGAUGUGCGACGAAUGGUUGAGGAUGCAGUGGCCGCUCGACGAAUGAUCAAGCAAGGACGUGAGGGAAAGAUCAUUGGAGCGUGUUCGAUCGCAGGGAAACAAGGCAUUCCCAUGAUAAGCGCGUAUGCUAGCAUCAAGUUCGCAGUCUGUCGUCUUACCCAGUCAGUCGAUGCAUCCUAUACAGCGACCGAGCUAGGGCAGUUCGGAAUCAACGUGAAUGCUUACGCUCCGGGAGUUGUCCCUACCGAUAUGAUGAAAACCCUUGCGGCUGGGUUGGUCAUUGGAGAUGCGUUCCUCAAGUCUGUACGUUAG